GCAGCAGGGGCCAGAUGGAGCUUCCUCACCAGUCUAGGCCAGCAUUGCCUGGAUCAGCAAUUUACUUUUACUUCUUCCUCAUUUGUCAUCCUGGAGGCAGAAUACCCUCAGCUUCCCCCACUGUGGCUACUUUGGUGAAGUCCCUCCCCUUGGAUCUGGGUCUGUCAGAGUGGAGCCCCAUGCACCAGUCUCCGAGAAUUCCCCUCGCUGGAUCCCAGAACUGUUAGGUUCCUUGUAGGCUGGGCUGCCUUAGACCUUUCCUUCUGAACAAGCCGACUGACGUUUUCACAGACUCUGGGGUUGGAGGAGGUCCCAGGUCGGAGCCUGGAUCCUUCCUGUACCUUUGUCUCUUCAAGGAUGCUGGUAUGCCUGCUCCUGCUGCCUGUCAUCUGGGGGCAGCAUCUCCAAGAAGAGGCAGAAUUCAAACUAAACGUCCUUGAAACAGUGACAGUUCAGCAGAACCUGUGUGUACAAGUUCCUUGUACCUUUUCCUACCUUGGGAAGGAUGAAGUCAACAACCAGAUCUUUCUCUUUUGGUACCUGAGGGAAAAAAACAAUCUCACCCUAGUGGCCACCAAUAAGCACCGUUUUAACAUAUCUGAAAGAUUUCGAGACCGCUUCAGUGUUAUCGGGAAUCCCCAGAACCGAAACUGCACUCUGUCCAUCAAGAAUGCUCAGAAAUUGGACACGGGGAAAUACACACUCAAGAUGGAGACAGGAAAAUUAAAACCUGAGUUUAAAAAUGAAGUGUCUGUCAAUGUGUUGGACUUGACAGUGAAACCAGUUAUCAAAGUCCUAGAGACCCUGAAAGCUGGGGAUGAAGGGACCCUGAUCUGCACGAUGCCAGGGGCCUGUGAGGGGGUGAAUUCCCCCACCUUUCUCUGGACAGGGUCUGCCCUCUCCUCCCAGAGUCCUGGCACCAGGACCCAUGCCUCUUCAAAGCUGUCUUUCACUCCAAAAGCCCAGGACCAUGGCACCAAAAUCACUUGUCAAGUAACCUUUAAGAAGCCCUAUGUGACCUCAGAAAGGACUAUGCAUCUUCACGUCACCUAUCCUCCCAAAAGGCCAACCAUUCAGGUUUACCAGGGAAAUUGGCCAGUUCUAAAGUUCCUGGAAAAUGUGUCCUAUCUGCCAGUGUUGGAGGGCAAGUCCCUGAAUCUGAGCUGUGCUGCUGACAGUAACCCGGCUGUCUCUCUAAACUGGACCAAGGGGAAGCGAACUCUGACCUCCUCCCAACUUUCAGCUGCUGGGGUUGCAAACUUGCAACUUCACCAGGUGGGGCCACGCGACUCUGGAGAGUACACCUGCCAAACUCAGGCCCCACCGAAAUCUAGGAAGGCCUCCCUGGUGCUCUCUGUGCAGUACCCCCCGAAGCUGCUCAGCUCUUCUUGCUCCUGGGGUGAGGAGGGCUUGCUCUGUGCCUGCUCUGUCCAGGGCGAGCCGGCCCCCUCUCUGCACUGGUGGCUGGGGGACAGCCCUUUGCAGGACAGCAGCGGCAAUGACCUCCAGGUUGUGUCCACUACCUCAGGGGUCUGGACCAACAGUAGCCUGAGUUUGACAAAGCCAGAUCCUGCCCUCAGCCUCCGCUGUGAGGGGAAGAACUGUCAUGGGACGCACAGUGUCAGCAUCCUGCUGGUUCCAGACAAAACCACUCAAGGCACUGAAAUGAACAAGAAAUCACUGAUCAUGGGAGCUGCCUACGGGGCUGCCGUCACUGGCCUCUUGGCUCUUGGCCUCCUUAUCAUUGUGGUGAAGACUCUUAAGAGGAAAUCACCAGAGGUGAGGACUAAAACAUCUGAGACUGAAGUCAAUGAAGAUAACAGGCACCUUCCCUCAGAGGCCAUCCCCCUUACUCCAGAUGGGAUACUGAGGUUGAAAAGUUCCCUGAGGCCCCCACCCCCUGACACAUCAUGCCCCACCUCUAAGGAGGGACCCGAGCUGCAUUAUGCCUGCCUCAGCUUCCAGAAGCUGAGCCCCGAAAGUCCCCAGGAGUCUGCAUAUACUGGCACUGAGUAUGCUGAGAUCAAGUUUCAAAAAUAGCCUUUGUGAGGAAGAGAAUGGAAGAGGAGCAAGAUGCAUGGUGGUGUUGUUACUGAAAGAAGAAGUCAAAUGUGGUAUGAACAGAACCCUACUAUCACUGGGUCAUGAUGUUAUUUUUUGUAAAUAGAAGACAGGGUAUCAUAAUAAAGACUGUCAGAGUUGGGAGGGCCCUUAGAACAGGGAAUGUCAAGUAUGGGAACAGUAUGGGCCCUUAGAACAGGCAAUAUCAGAGAUGGAGAGGAGCUUAGAUCAAGGAAUGUCAGAAAUGAGAAGGGACCUAGAAUACUCUAUGUCAGAGCUAGAAGGGCCUUUGGAACCCAUAAUGUCAGGGAUAGAAGGGCCCUUAGAACACAGAAUUUCAGAACUGGGAGGCCACUUAAAACACAGAAUUUCAGAGUUGGGAGAGAAGGCAGAUAAAGAAUGUCAGGGAGGGACCUUAGAAGACAGAUGUCAUGUCAGAGCUUACAGAACUUAGAACAUAGAAUGUCAGGGAUAGAUCAAGAGGGACCUUAGAACUCAGAUUUCCAGGACAAGUAGAAACCUUAAAACAGAGAUUGUUGGACCUAGAAAAGAAUGUGAAGACCACUUAGGCCAAGUUGUUGUCAGACUAGAAGACAUGUUCUCUCCCUAGCUAGCUGUAUACCUUGAGGAAAUCUACUACCCUUCUCUAGGCCUCAGUUUUCCCAUCUUUAAGAAGCAGUCAGUCCAGGUAACUUUUAUGGCUCCUUCCAGCUCUGAAAUUCCAUGUUCUUUGUUUUGGGGGGACUUUUGGUGGAGGAGUUUCCAAGGCAGAUGCAAUUAGAAAAAACAACCUUCCAUUGAAAUGCGCAAAUAUUUUCAUCCAUAAAGAAUGCAUGAAAAAAUUAUCAGAAUGAAGCAAAAACAGCCUUUUAACUGAUUGUGUGUGUCCACAGACUUAGUGAACAAUUGUUCUUUCCCCAACAAAAGCUGGGCAUGUUGAUUUUUAUUCUGUAGUGACCCAAUGGGGCUGCUUGGUUCUGUGACCCCCUGAAAUUCCUAUGAGUCCUUGAUGUGAUGUAGUGCCUCCCUGCUCUGCCACUCAAUUCAAUUACAUUCAAUUCAAUUCAACAAAUAUUAAGUGCCGGUCGCUUCAAGGAGUGUAUACGGUACUGGGUGGAUAGAACAUGUUUACAGAUAAGUUUGUAAAAAUACAUUCAAAUUAUACAAAGUAUUGUAUCAUCACCUCAUAGGUUUAAAGAAGGAAGUAACCUCAAAGUCUACUUAGUUUUACAGAUGGGGAAACUGAGUUCAAGAGAGGUUAAAGGUCACAAGAAAGGAAAUAUAAGUUCCAUUUUAGAGAUUUUGAUAACCAACAAGCAAUUGUUAAGCUUGUUAAAUUGUUAAGUUACUAUAUUCCAAGAAUAGUGCUGGGCUUUAAGGUAUCUCCCAAGGCUCUGUCCUGGGUCUUCUUCUCCCUCCAUGUUAUUAAACUUGGGGAUCUCAUUGACCCCUAUGGAUUCAAUUAUCAUCAAUAAAUAGAUGAUUAUCAUCAGAUCUACUUAUCUAGCCCUAACCUUUCUCCUGACUUAUUCUUGAAUCUCCAGCCACCAGUUGGACAUCUUCUAUAGACAUCUUAAACUCAGUAUGUCCAAAACUGAACUCAUUAUCUUUCCCCCAAAACUAUUCCUUCUUCUAAGCUUCCUUGUUACUGAGGGUGAAGGCACCACCAUCUUCACAGUCACCAGGGCUUAUAACCUAGGUGCUGCCCUCAGCUUUUCACUUUCUCUUUCACCGUCCAAUAUCCAAUCUAUUGCCAAGUUUUGUAGAUUCUACCUUUGUAACAUCUCUUGUUUUUGGCCCGUUCUUUCCCCUAACACCGUCACCACAUAGCUUUGGGCCGUCAUUGACUUAGCUCCUAACAUGUAAUAGUCACUUAAAAAUUCUUGUCUACUUGUGGAUACAAAUACAAAAUGAGAGAGUCCCUAUCUUAAAACAAAAAAACAAAAACCAAACACAUUCUAAGGAUACAGCAAGUUAUGGAUAAUUAAGUACAGAUGUAGCCCAUGUAAUUUCUGAGGAUCCUCAUCCUAACUCCCAUUCUCAUGGACAAGUUGGGUCUCCAGAAUUUGGCUGGCUACAUCACCCACACAAACCUUUAGUGGCCCCUGAAGUAACAGGUGUGAUUUUGUAAUACCUAGGACUCGAGCCCCCACUGGUGUGCUUCCCCUAUAAAUUAUCAAUUGAAAACCAUUCAAUCAGCCAACCUUAAGUAGUUUUUUUUUUAAAGAAAAGAGUAUUUAUAAAGAGAAUACAGUAAGAGCAAUUGGUACAAACCAUCCCUCCAAAUAUUUGGAAAGCUCACUUUCACAAGUACAUAUAGAAUCCAAGGGAAAGCGGGCUCAAGCCCAGAGAGUACAUGUAACAAAGGGAUAAUUCAUGGCUUUUGGUUGCUAGUUUUCUUCUAUUUUCUUCCAUUUGUGGGAUGUUGAGGUAGUUUCCCUUAAGCAUGGUGAAUCUUUGUUCAGUCCGUCCUUGGCUUCUGAUGCAGAUACCACUGUCUGCCAGUCCAGAUGGGAAGUGCAACAUCCUCUAAAUUGGAAGGUCCUUCCCCAGUCAAAGGGACUCUAGGAGAAGACCUGGCCAAGGCUAGAGUUAAUAUUUCUCCAUCCCCCUUAGGUGCCUUCUCUUCAGGGAGGUGCUGAGAAGCAACAUGUUUUGAUUUCUCAAAUUCUCUUUUCCAUCCAACUCAAUGCUUUUAUACAGAAUGUAAGGAAAUCCCCCUACCAAGUUGGAACACACUUCUUGCUUGGUAUCAUUUCACUUCAUCAAAUGACUUCCAAAGAUUUCUGAACUUAAUUUUUUGGCCUAUGAAUGAUGGAUUGAUAUAUAUAUAUAUUCUGACUUCGUUAAGGUAUCUGGGUUAAGAAGGUAGAGGGGUGAUUUCUUAUGCUAGAUAUAUACAAGAUGAAAACACAGACUUGGGAGACACUUAGUAACUGGGGAGAUUAGAUUAGAAAGGCCUCCUGAAGGCUUCUUAUGCUUAGGCUUACCCUUGAAGGGAGUUAUGAAUUACAAGGGAUAGAGGUGAAUUGGGAGCAUCCUGGGAAUGGACCCAAGUUGUACAAAGGCAAACAGCAGGAGAUGGAAUGUUGUUUAAGGGGAACAGAAACAGCAUAGUUUGGCUGGAGUGUAGAUUGUGUGAUGGGUAAUAAUGCUUAAUCAGCCUUGAACUAAGGUGGUGAUUGCAUCAUAAGUGUGAAGGGAACAUGUCCGAGAGAUGCUGAAGACAUGGAAUGGACAAGACUUGUAUGAGAGACAGUAGAGUCAAAGACGACUCCUAGGCUGGAAGGAUGAUAAAGUCCUCAAUGGAAAUCAGGAAGUUAGGAAGUGGGAAGUUUGGAGAAUGACAUCAUGAGUUGUUUUGGACGUGCUAAAUUUGAGGUGCUCAAGGGGCAUCCAGUGGAGAUAUAGAGAAGGCAAUUGGAGAUUCUAGUCAGAAUAAAAGGACUGGGAAUCAUCUGCUUAACAAUUGAAUGCAUGGUACUUGAUGGGGUCACUAAGAAACUGACUAUAAAGAGAGAAGAGGAACUAAGAUCAGAGCCCAGGCACACCCACACUUAGGGGCCCAAAUGCUGAACCUACAAAGAAGAAGCAAUGUUAUGACAGAUGGAAACAAAACGAAGCGAGGACAUUGUUUAAAAAAAAAAACCCAGAGAAGAGAGAAUGUCCAGAAGGAGGGGGUGGUCAAUAGUGUGGAGAGAAUAAAAAAUGGGGAUUGACAAGACUUCAAUGGAUUUACCAUUGUAGCCCCUUUUUAGCAAGAGACCAGUUGAGAAGUGUAGUUCUUCCAUUGUAAGAAUGGACUGCAGUCAGACGCCCCAUGGCCCGGGUGAAACUGGGGUGCAGAUGAGCAGACCAAGAACGAGUGCUGCUCCCCCGAAAUGACGAUAAGCGUGAGCUCUGUAUAGUUCACUGAAACCGGCUAGGAAUGAUCAGCCUGAACAGCAUUUGCUGCCAGAUGCGGGUCUAGUGACUUUACCCUCUCUCUCUAUUGUCCUUCUCUGCUCUACUGCUGUCUCAAGAGUUGGGAUCACUUCCCUUUAGGAGUUUCCUCCUCUCUUUAAAUGUGGCCUGUACUUUCAUAACACAUUUUGCCUCUAAAUAAAAAUAAGUUGAUUUUGA